UGUUGGCAUCGGUCGAAACAGGUCGCUGAUCUUCGCCGGCUGCAUCCGCAUUCCGGGCCUCCGGCUCUGAUUUGACGGCGAUCGACGGCGGUCGGGGAGGGUGUGAUGUCAAACUGGAAGAUUCCAAUCGAUGACGUCACUCGCUGCCUUCCUAAUUAAAAGUUAUUGUCCUCCCGGAUCUCUCUACACGUGAAACAGUGACGCAGAACCCGGACACUGGCGUGACACGCUGAAAUAGUUGAACAGAAAAAAAGGGCGAACGAGUCCACACCAAUUUCAUCGCUUACAGCAGCAGCAGGAGCAUCAUCUGGCAAUCUGGUGUACAUCAAUUUCACAACAUUCAACGCCACCUAACGACGUCAAGGACGGAGUCUUUUGGGAUUCCUGCAGUAGCAGCAGCAGACGAUUGAAUUAUUGAAAUGAGAAGACUUGCAUGUUCGUUUGACUGCGGCAACGCCGCAUUUGCGUUGGCGUCGACUGCUAGCCCGCCUCAAGUGCUGACAAGUUUUUCUCUUGUGCAACGUCUGCAAGUGUUUUCGUUUUCGACCGGGGAUUUAGAAGGCCAUUCGAAUGAUUAUUCAGAUUAUUAUGGUCCAAGGAGAGAUUUGAAAAAUCACACCAGAGGCGCGCUCACUGGACACUACUGGACGCCGCCUGGGCUCACUUUAUUUUUUCCCGCAAGAGCACACCGUUUUAAAUCAAUCCAGACAGUGAGGAGCCACCGGCACGCGAAAAAACAGCGUUCAGUAAGGAGCCCGGAGUGGAGCUCAUCAUCAUCAAUGGCGGCCGUGGCGUCGUCGCUGACCAAGUCGGCGAUGGGUGCCGAUCGUUACGGUGGGCCUUCAACUUCGUCGUCGUCUUCGUCGUCGACUAGUUCCUCUGCUUCUUCCUCUGGUUCCUCCUCGUCUUGGACCGACUCGUCGUCGUCCUCAUCAGGAGCCACGACGGAAGAGGAAGAGAAUUCGUCCUCGUCGUGGAACUCGUCGUCGUCGUCGGAGACGCCGAGAAAGAAGAAGAAACGUGAUAACAAGGAGAGCGACAAGAAGAAGAAGAAGAAGAGCAAGAGCAAGAAGAGGCUGAAGAAUCCCAAGAAUCCCAAGAAAGAAUCCAAUCAGAAGAAGAGCAAAAGCAAGUCGAUGGCCGUCAUUCCCGACCGAAAGAAGAAGAAGAAGAAGAAGCACGUCAAAUCGUUGGCGGGACGUGGUGACGAGGAGAACGGAGACGAGGUGAGCAGUAUGCUCCUGUUAGGAGCCGAGCUCCUUAAGGAGGUGGAAGAAGCGGCCGCCGCGUCGGCAUCCGCCGCCACCACCAUCGCCUCCGCCGCCCAAAUGGGCGAAUCGACGAGGGGGUCGUCGACUACUUGGCCGUUUCUGCUUCCUAUCGGCCACUAUGUCACCCAAGGUGGGCCGGAGAGUAGGAGCAUUCUGUUGGACCAGGUCAUGUCGUCCGUGCCAGCGGCCCAGUGGCAGGCCAUCCUACCGCCCGUCCUCAAAGAAAUGAAUAGCGCCGAGUUGAAGCAGCUCUGCCUCCAACAGUUGCAGUUGCUCUCCGAUUCGGCAAUCCUCGACAUCAUCAACGGUGGAGGAGAUCAAGGAGCAACGACAGGAGCUGAUAAAGCGGUUUCCUCAGAAAUGGACAUCACCACGACCAACACGGCGACCGGAGACAAGGAGCGAUUGAAGAGAAAGAAAUCGAAGAAGAGCAAAAAAUCCAAGAAAAAGGCCAAGAAGAGUAAAAGGAGCGAGCGACUGGAAGAGAAGAAGUCGGUCGACGAAGAAUCCAGUGGGAAAACGUUGAUGGAGUUGCUGGAACUGGAGAUGCGAGCGCGAGCCAUUAAAGCCCUCCUGAAGAAGGAGGAGGAGGGCGAAGAAGACGAUGAAUGGGCCGACGACGAUGUUGCUGGUGUUUCUUUGGCGACGCUGGCCGAAAACGACGCCAUUCAACGGCCAUUGAAAGCCGCCGAAUGGGUUGACAAGUACAAACACCGGCCGCCCUCGCCCGUUCACCCUCCUAACAGCAGCAGCAGCCAACAGCAGUUGAUCCAGGGACACCAGACGGGCGACGGUGAACCGAAUCGACGCAGCCGACGUCCGUCGUCUUCCUCGGCGGCCGCCAGACACGCCGAUGACUACGAGGUGUUGCGUAAAUCCCAGCAGCCUCGACACUACCGCCACCACCACCACCACCAUCAUCAUCACUACCGUCAGGAGCGCUCCCGUUCGCCGGUGGCCAGGAGCCGUGGAGGAGCCGAGCCUUCUGUUGUCAAGACGGAAGCGGCCGGCAGGUUGAAUAAAUCAUCAACAACUCCUCCUCCGUCACCGUUGCUGGCCUCGGCGGCGAUCCGUCCGGCCGAUCCAACCGACACUUUGACUCAAGUUGUCCGGAUCAAGUCGGAGGAGCCAGACACAACAAGAGUCGAAGAAGAAGAGAAAGGUGACAGGGCGACUCAAGUAGUAAAAGUAGAAGUAGUAGCCCAAGAAGAAGGAGAAGAACAAGUCGAGUACGAAGAAGAAGGCAUCCAGGAAGUCGACAUUGAAUUGGGAAGUGGAUCGGAUGACGACGCGCAUUCCCCAUCUUCCCGCUACUAGUAAUCCUAACAGACAACAACAAUCAAACAACUACCUCUGCUCCCACCACCUCUCGACUGUCAUCAACUUUUCUUUCCUGUUUGGUUUCCAUCAACGCGCAACUGUGUAUCACUUUUGGCCAAAUUAUUGGAGAAAUAAACGCCAACUAUUGGA